AUGUGGGAUGAACUCAAGAGGUUUGCACACACUCAUAACAAACCAUGGCUUUUUGCUGGAGACUUUAAUGACACAAGAUUUCCGCCUGAUAGAAAUAAAUCUUGUAGAGAGACAGAUAGAAGGUCUAGACUCUUUAAUGAAUGGAUUGAGGAGAUGGACUUAUUGGAAGUGGAGUUCUCUGGAUUGGAGCAUACUUGGGCAAGAGGGAGAACUAUUGAAACAAGGCAAAGUGCUCGGCUAUACAGAGCUUUGUGUAAUGAUAACUGGGCCUUGAGAUUUAACAAUGCGACUAUAAAACAUCUGCUAGCCGUUCAUUCGGAUCAUAGCCCUUUGUUCAUAUCGCCAAAUGGUUUUGUUCCUAUGCAAGCGCUACAUAGACCCUUCAGAUUUCAAGCGACUUGGCUAGUUCAUGAGAAAUUCAAGUAA